AUGGAGCUAUUGGGGGAGAAAAAGAUGGGAAUGGGCGAGAACGAAAUAGGCACAGUCAUGAAUGUUUCAGACGAAAGAGAGGAGCUACUCCAGCCCUACAACUUCGAGAUGUUACAGGACAUAAGGCCCUUUUUGGAGGAGUACUGGACAGCCUCGUUCCUCAUAGCUCUGAUCUACCUCCUGCUCAUCUUUGUGGGGCAGAACUACAUGAAGGCACGGGAGGGCUUCAACCUACAGGGGCCUCUCGUCCUUUGGUCCUUUUGCCUUGCGAUCUUCAGUAUCCUGGGGACAGUGAGGACUUGGGGCUAUAUGUGGGCCUUGGCACUUAGGAAUAGCCUAAAGCAAACUGUGUGCUUCACCAACUCCCUCAACGAUUCCGUAGUCAAAUUCUGGUCCUGCCUCUUUGUUCUCAGCAAGAUCAUUGAACUUGGAGACACAGCCUUCAUCAUCCUUCGUAAGCGGCCGCUCAUCUUUGUGCACUGGUUCCACCACAGCACGGUGCUAGUGUUCUCAAGCUUUGGAUACAAGAACAGGGUGGCUGCAGGAGGCUGGUUCAUGACCAUGAACUUUGGUGUGCAUUCCCUCAUGUACACCUACUACACUCUGAAGGCUGCCAAAAUGAAGUCCCCCGGGUGGUUUCCCAGGCUCAUCACCAGCCUACAGCUCCUGCAGAUGCUUAUGGGAGCCAUUGUCGUCAUCCUGGCUUACACCUGGAGUCCGCAACAUGGAUGCCAUACUACAACGGAACAAUUCUUCUGGUCCAUCACCUUGUAUGUGGCCUAUUUCAUCCUCUUUGCUCGCUUCUUCUACCAAACCUAUGUAAUGCCCAAGGUUAAAGCCAAGACCAAGAGCGAGUAA